UAGGAAGCAUGGCAGUGCUGGCCUUGGCAAGUUACUAAAGGCUUCUCUGUCCUUUUGUCAGUUAAAUAGAAAGGCAAUUCAUUAGUAAGCGUGCUGACUUCAGGGCGGGUAAAGAGGAGUGACUUGUGUUUGUGCAGGUGAAACUGAGCAAGUGAUUCAGGAUUGUGUUUCCUGGAUUUGCCAGCAAUUAUCUGUAGCUCUGUUUGGGUGGAGUUUCUACAAUACUUCUGCUCCGUUCUGAACUUCCCCGAGUUCCGGAUCCUGUUCCAGGGUAAAAUAUGGACUAUAAAGCUUAUAAUGCUGACCCAAAGCCACCGCUACCGUGAUAUUGAGAGGGCAGCUGUAUACCUCCAGCCAGAGAAGUGUGUCCCUCCACCUGUACGAGACUCCAUGGAUAAGGUGUGGUUCAUCAAGGACGGCUGUGGCAUUGCAUGUGCAGUAGUGACCUGGCUGCUGGUUUUCUAUGCUGAGUUUGUGGUCAUCUUUAUCAUGCUGCUACCUUCCAAGGAUGUGAUUUACAGCAUAGUAAAUGGGAUCGUUUUUAACAUACUGGCCUUCAUGGCUCUGGCUUCACACUUUCGAGCCAUGAUUACGGAUCCUGGUGCUGUCCCCAAAGGAAAUGCUACAAAAGAAUUCAUUGAGAGCUUGCAAUUGAAGCCAGGGCAAGUGGUUUAUAAGUGUCCAAAAUGCUGCAGCAUUAAACCUGACAGAGCACAUCAUUGCAGUGUGUGUAAGAGAUGCAUUCGAAAGAUGGAUCAUCACUGCCCCUGGGUUAACAACUGCGUUGGAGAGAACAAUCAGAAAUUCUUUGUUUUAUUCACAAUGUACAUAGCUCUGAUUUCAUUGCAUGCUCUUAUAAUGGUGGCCUUACAUUUCCUAUAUUGCUUUGAAGAAGACUGGACAAAAUGUAGUUCCUUUUCACCUCCAACAACAGUCAUUCUGCUCAUCCUGCUUUGCUUUGAGGGCCUGCUUUUUCUUAUCUUCACUGCUGUGAUGUUUGGAACUCAAGUACAUUCCAUCUGCACAGAUGAAACGGGUAUAGAGCGACUUAAAAAAGAAAAUCCCACUUGGGAGAAAACCAGCAGCUGGGCAGGACUAAAGCAAGCAUUCGGUGGAGAUUUCUCUCCAGGAUGGUUUAGUCCCUUCUCCCAUUCACUGUACCACCAGCUCCCUUCAGACAUGGAAUAUGCUAUGGCACCGGAUAGCAACGAAUAUGUAACUGGUCGGAUUGUAGGUCAUGUAGAAGUUAUUGAAGUGGAACAUGAAAAUGAAUAGCUGAUAAAAAAACAUACGUAACCUAUAUUUUCCAUUAUAAUAAUUUGAACACUAAGUGCUCUUUUUAAUGGUAUUAAUCAAGAAAAAAAUGACAGCUACAUUAACAUUAAAACAGUUAAGGACAAUUUAUCUUAUCCAUCACUGAUUAUUGUUAAAUGUUUUCCUACUGAUUCAAAUGUGCAUAAUUAAUGACAGUGUCAGUUUAGCUAAGGUUGUUCUUCAUGACUUUUCUGUGAGUUUCUUAUUAAGAGACAUGCACUGAGUUCACACAUAAGCUAAUAAUAUGCAAGUGAAUAUAGUAGGUCAAUUUGGUCCAAAAACUCCAUCAGAAACCUACUUUUUUUCCCAAGGGGCCCAGUACGAAAUUAACAUGAAGCUUCUAUGACACCUUGAAUCAAAUUUGAGUUGAAAUAGUUCUGCCAUUUGUUAUAUGAAGAUAACUGUGGGCAAUACUCAAGACCAGAGAUCUACUUUUUAGCCAUACAUGAUCAAUAUGGGAUUUUCCCACCUAAAGUAGCAACGGCAAGGAAGACCAUCCCCCAUGAAUCUACAGAAGCCUAAACAAACUGGAUCAUUGUUAAUUAUUCUGAUUCCUGCACCAGGAGUGGGGUUGAUAAGUGGAAAGUUAUGAGAGAGACAAGGGACAAAAAUUAGAAAUAUGCCACCGCCCUUCAGGUGGCCCCCUGAUAUCUUGCGCUGAGUCUAGGACCCAAAAGUCUUACUAAUAAUCUUCCCUUAUGGUAUGUUCUCUUCAGUCACUGGCCAACCAUACAGUAUGGGCUGCCCUGUGAUGGCAAUGUAGUUCAACUUCACAUCUUAUCAAUAGAAACUGCCAAAAUGCAGAAGCAGAAAUUAGGAAUGCUUGAACACUUGUUGUAGUGUUCUAUUGCUGUACUGUCAACAGUAAUGUAAAUAUAUAAAUAAACUAAUAGGUUUAUGUCAACAGAAAAAGGAGCAACUGGUAGUUAUAUUUAAAAAAUAUAUAUUUUGAUCCUGAGGGACAUAAUUGGGCAGUUAACUAAAGAAACCCCCUCUAGUAUUCACUUUAGUAGUUUCAGUCUCUCAGAUGUGGAAUGCACACUCUCCUGUGCUCUGCUUGUGUCCCUUAAAGGAAAACUUUACCCCUAGAAUGAAUACUUAACCAACAGAUAAUUUAUAUUAUUGGCUGAUGUAGCCUAGCAUGUAUGUGUACCUUGGUUUUUUUGUGUGUACUGUGAAUCCUAUGAUCCCAGGAGGCGGUGCUUAAUUCUUAAAAUGGAUUAGGAUUACCCAAUAUCACAUCCUACUAGAGAAAGUAUAUUUUUAUGAAAAUAGUUUAUUUAUGCAAUAUAUUUUUAUAGACACCUACAUUGUCUGUGAGUAUAGUUUUCCUAAACACCCAUCGACCCAUCUGGCCUUGCACAACAAGGCUACUCGCAUUCACAGGCAAGAUAUAAACACAUUAAUGUCUAGGCAGGCUCAUGUCAGAACUGUUUUACCACACAGAGAUGGCUACAUUUCACUGAUUUAAUGGACUGGUCCAAAAGCUGACCUGUGAGAUAACUUGACAGAAGUAGAUAUUUUAAUCCUAAAAAUCAUAUACAAAACUGGAAAGAUGUCAGUAGUAAGUCAGUAAAAAAAAAUCUUGUAGUGAUCAAUGUUCUGUAGAUAAAAAAAACAGCAUGUUUCGCUGCUGAUUGUAGAAACAAUUUCACUAUUUUGGCCAACGGCACUCAGUUUGGAAAUCUAUAUUUGUUUCAGUAUUUGGCCAAAUUUAUUUAGUGUUGGGGUCCUCCAAUAUAAUAUGCAGAAUACUUGUUCUGUAACCAUAAUUGCCCUUAUAAUGGCCAUUUAAUGUUAUUUAACAGUUGAAUUUUUUUUAUAUUCCCAAACAUAUACUAUUAUAUUUAGCUGUAUUCUUUCCGGCUCAGGGUGGAAGUCAUUUGUACCAUAAAAACUCACCCAUACCAUCAUGGUAUUUUACUAUGUACCUGGGCACUGUGUUUGACAUGUGAGGGCUUUACAUGGAAAUCAUUGUAAGCCCUAAUGAGCAGGGCCAGUUUUUAUAUGUAAUCUGUAAAUUUGAUGUAUAUAUGUUGUGUAAUAUAUGCUGGCUCUUUAAAAAUUCUUCUUAAUAAUAAUAAUAUAAAGGGUCGUUUACGAUCACAAUGCAUUGUGCUAAGUGCAAUCUAAGAUGCAAUUCACUGUUCCCCUCCACUACCACACACAAUUCCAGCAACAUUGUAGCCAAGUGUAUUGCAUUCUGGCUCAGGUGUACUUGCAAAAAUUAGCCCUAAUAACUUUACUGGCUUUUUUUUACUUAUAUUACAAGCAAUUGAUGAGAAAAGGUGUCUCAUUUAAAGGUAAUUUAAAAAAAAAAAAAAAACAUUAUUGAGGUCUUUAAAGGACAAGGAAAGGGUAAUACACUUUCUGAGGCAGCCUGAGGUGGCUAAGUUGAUGCCGCUUCCAGCCUGCACUUAGCUUUUUCGUGUAAGAGGGAGGAGAGGGGGGGUCACAUCACUAGUGAAGAGAGUGCAAGAGUGCUCUCUGCACUAGAAGAGACAAAAUUCCAAUUUAAAAAUCUGAAUUUAGACUCUUUAAGUUACCAGGAGGGGCUUUUUGCUGGUCAGAGAGCAAUAUGUUAGGCCUCCACAAUGUAUUAAAUUGCUGACUUCCUCUGAAUCAGUGCUCCUAUUUAGAAAAAUUGCAAUGGUACAAGGAUCUUUCUUAUGUAGCGCUGUACUACCAUCUUUCUAGCAUCUCCCAAAGCUUCCUUGCUUUUUAGGCUAGUAAAUGUGCAGUACAGCAAAACUGGAAAUGUCUGAGAGUCUGAAAAAAAUGCCACAAGGAAGCCUUGGAAAAUAUGGGUGCAAUGGUGGCACAGCACCAGGAAGAAAGAUUCCCAGACCAGUGCUAUUUUUUCCAAACAGAAUAUUGAUUUAAUACAUUGGGGCAUGCCAAACAUUGGCACCCCCACUGUAUUGACCUUUCAUUGUUCUUUGAAAGAGAGGCUGACAUUUUUUUAUUUGUCAGUGCCCUGCAUCAGUUGUUUGUUAGCAGCACAAGCCAUUUGUGCCAUCACUGCUUGUUUUCAGUCUGUAGUAAAGUUUAGCAGCCAGGAUUUAAAAAAAAGUUACAUGUGAAUUAAAGGAAUCUUUUAAAGGAAUUUUUAUUUUGGCUUCUACUGCACCAUAGAGGGGGUGCUUUGGGAUAUAUGCUCCAAGAAGGGAUAUUUGUUUCAUUUUGUUUGAAACCACAGUUUAUGCUAUAUUUAGUGGUCAGUUGCCCCAAACUAUACCCAAAUGAACCUACAACCAUAAAGGUUUUUGCAGUUGGAGUUUCCUGGAAAUAUUUUUAUACUACAACAGCCAGAACAUAUUGACAAAGGGGUGGAAUAAUUGAUGGUAAGGCCCUGGGCACUGUCAUGCCCCUCAAUAGUCCCACUCUUCAUUCACCCAAGCUAACGCUGGACCCCCUUUUAACUUUGGGCCCCAGACAACUGCCCAUUUAGGCCUUACAUAAAUACACAACAGUUUACACACUUUAGGAAACAUUCCCUUGUUUCAGAGUUUUAAUUUAUAACAUAUUUGCUAAUAGUGCUUAUUGCAGAAUUAAACUGGAAUUAUGACAUUUAAAUAAUUAAAAACUACAAAUAAAAAAUGAAGACCAAUUGCAUACUGUCUCAGAAUAUUACUCUCAUACUAAAGGUUAAUUCAAAGAUUAACAACCCCUUUAAAAGGGUCUAAAUAUUAUUAUAUAUAUCUUCAUGGGAAGAAGUGAAUAUGGAGAAAGUGUUUUACACCAGUUUUACCACAAGUUUUACUAGGUUAUCUCCACUUUUGUGAAUUCCUCCCUAAGAAUUCCUUUUUUUGUUUUCAAAAUCGCGAAUUUUUUAAAAAAAUGCUUUGAGAUGUUUGUCUAAGACUUAAUUCCAAUAAAACUGUUACAAUCAUA